CGCCGUCUUCUUCGGUUCGUAGAAAUCCUGCUCCCAAAAUCUGAUCUUUGGAGGGUUGGGUUUGGCAUCGAGCUCCCCUGUUUUUGCUUUGUUCUGAGAACACUACCUUGCUUCUUGUGGGCAACAUCCUUUGAUGGUUGAUUCUGUCAGUAGAAACUAGGGUUUCUGAGACUAGUUGUAACCCCUGCACAGAUGUCGAAGUUUGCGCGCCUGAUUUGGUGGAGAACCGUCAUCUAGUUCUUAUGAAUCUCGCUAUUCUGCGCAUCUGCUUCCUCCACUCCUUCUCGGUGGUCUUCCUCUACUGGUUCUACGUCUUCUCAUGAAGUAAAGCUCGUGGCUUGAUCCAUUCAUUUCGAGAAAGAACCGAUUUUGCCUGAUUUAGUUCCAACGAAGUAAUCAAACCCUUGGACAAAAGAAGACCAUGUCUUCCUUGCCGGUCCGCGGAUCUACGGGACGUCAAGAGUCCCCCCUGCUCGGUAUCGACGAGCACAAGCGAAAACGGAUGCUCUCGAACAGGGAGUCGGCGAGGAGGUCCCGGAUGAGAAAGCAGCAGCGCUUCGAUGAUCUGAUAAGCCAAGCGGCAGAGCUCAAGAACCAAAACAGCCAGAUUGAGAUGCAGAUCAAUUUGCUGACCCAGCGUUACGGUGAGGUGGAAUCUGAGAACGCUGUCCUCAGGGCUCAGUUGACGGAAUUGACUGAGAGAUUGCAAUCGCUGAACUCGGUGCUCCGCUUCUUGGAGGAAUUUAGCGGGAUGACCAUGGACAUACCGGAGAUACCUGACCAGCUCCUGAAACCAUGGCAGCUUCCUCGCCCUGCGCAGCCUAUCUCUGCCACAGCCGACUUGCUUCAGUUCUGAGUCAGCCUUGUGAUAACUUUAUGUGGUGUGUCUCGUCUCCACUGGCUUGGUCUAUUAGUUCAGAGCUUGCUUGCUUCCUACUGUUCAUACUGUCCUGUCUUCUCUCAGUUUGUCUUUGAAUCAGUGUCUUCUGGAGUUCUUGUUCAGCAUGUAGUGUGAUGAGUGUAUGACUCUGCAUCUAGUGACAUUAUGCUGCUAAAUGUCUUUGAGUGGUUGCUUGAUGUAAUGACACAACUCAUGUUUGGCUGAAGUUGUCAUGAAAAAUUAUGCUUCUUCCUAGUUGCUAAUUCUCUA